GUGCCUGCGCAACAUUAACACUAUUUCCCCGAACGGUCACUCUACGGGAGUCUCGACAAAAUAAACGUAAAUAAAUGAUUGAAAUUAAGGCAAAACUGCUGCGGGCGGACUCGGCCAUCUACGCCACUGGCGAAAGAGUCGAGUGCCUGAUCGAGUUCACCCACAAAGUGUUCUCCGACGAGCAAACCGCGUCCCAGGCCCGCGAUGCCAACGAAGCAAGGAGCCCGGAGAACCUGGCCUGGGCCUCGGCACAGCUGCACUGCUACCGGAAAACCAGCUACUCCACUUCCGCUGGGGACAGAGCCGCGGAGCUCACCGAGAUGAUCGGCAGGACGGCCUUAGAUGCGGUGACCCAGGCGCCGGGCGAAGUGAUUGUGGCCACGAAGCCCAAGAUCCUCUUCUGCGAUCUCCGCCUACAGCCCGGAGAGACCAAGAUGUACUUCUUUAAUGAAUUUGUUCCGCGCGAUGGCCCACCCACAUACAGAGGUCACAACAUCCGGUACUUCUACAAGAUCACCAUUGCUACCCAACGUGUCAAGUCCAAGGUGCAAACGCUGACCGUUCCCAUCCGCGUGUUGCCCAUUCCCAUAAUUUCCCGGCCCGAUGAGCUUCCCGUAACCGUUGAGACCAACGAGGAGCUGGCGCCCACCAAUCCAUUCCUGGAGAAGCGAGAGAUCAGCGAACUGGAGAUAUCCUGGCACCACCUUAAGAACGUAACCGCUCGUCGGGCACCGAAGUUCUAUCGCAUCUCGAACAAGCGUGGCUUCGUGGGCCGCUUUUGUCUGUUUAAGCCUGCCUAUAAGCUCGGCGAGGACAUUGUGGGCAGCCUGGACUUUGAUCCCGGUGUGAACCCCCAAAAGGUGCGCUGCGUCCAGUUCUCGGUUAAGCUGCAGCAGCAGGAACUUUCCAUCCGGCCGCAGCCAGUGCAUAGCCAGCUGCAAUCCCAAUCCCCGACGGGCGAUGAUGUUUCCUCGAUUAACUCUUUUGAUAUGGCUAGCAUAGCCAGCGGAGUGGUCGCCGACAACCUCCACAAGUCGGCCACAUCGGCGAGUUCUCGGGAUAAGGAGGCGCCUGAGCCAAUCGGGAAACUUUCGACCACUUCCACCUCCCACCAAGUGUGCUACGCCACACUCCAGACCCAGGUCGUGGUGCCUAUUCCGCUGCAUGUAACACCCACAUUCCGCACUGACCUCGUCGACGUCCGAUGGCGAUUGCAUUUCGAGUUUGUGACCACCACUUUGAUGGACUUUGGCAUUCCAAAUCCGGAGUUCGGGGAGCUAAAAGCACCGGCCGAAAUGCCUGUGGAGACGAUGGUGUGGAACCUGCCCGUGACCGUCUACGCUGCGAAUCCCCUCCAGAUUUAUGCUCCAAACCAGACAUUUAACCUGCUUAUAAAGUGAUUGAAAGGCAUUUCAGAUUUGGUUGACCCAAAAUUAUUAAAGCUUAACAAGG